AUGUUGCCCAAGUCUCUUGUUCUGGCCCUGCUUGCAGGCGCCGCUGUUGCUCAACUUUCAGAGAGUAACCUCAAAACUUAUGUUGGAAGUCUAAAACUCUCGGCGUCCUUUAUUCCUGUCAAGGAAUCGUACUGGACUCAAUUUCCUCACCACACGCGCUCACCCUGUGCUCUCUCCCCAGAUGGAAAGUCGGCCUACCUUGCCUACCUCGACGCUUCCGGUACCGAUGUGCACAUUCAGCAAGUCGAUCCCUCCACCUUUACUGCUGUUGGUGAAACUGUUACUGUCAAAGGUGGAAAGGAGGCUGGUGGUUUGGUCGCACACAACGAUGGCUUUGCGCUCCUGACCAACGAGGUCAUGCCUUCUGGCACCGCCAAUGCACCCCCCGACAACAUCCCAGUGCCAGUUCUCUACCGCUACACUGGCGGUAAGCAAACCUUCAAGACAUACCUCGGAGGGCCCGACAAUGUUGGUGACAUGGGUGCUUUGGCAUCUCCCGACUUGAACGGCGACCUUGCCUACUCUGAAGAGGCUGGCAUGUAUGGAGCUUACUUCGUUGUCACUGCCUACUCGGGCUCUGGCAAGGGUCACUUUGGUGAUGCCAUCCAGUAUGUCGACAACAAGGGCGCUCUCAAGAAGAUCGAGGGCGCGAGCUCCAGCUGGGGCUGCUCGCACAACACCGGUAUUGCUUUUGAGGCUCACGACUCUGUUCCCUUUGCCAGUCUCUGCAGCGAGGACCAAGGCGCCAUCUGGCUGAACACUGGCGGCACUGGCAUGAGCAAGGCUGGCGUCAAGGUUUCCAACGAGCACGUUCAGAACGGUGCUGGAAACGAGGCCAUGGGCGGAAUGAGCGGCUCCUACAGUGGAAUGGCCCGCUUCAUCAACAGCGAAUCUUACAUCUUCACCUGGGUGUCUCGUGGCGCCAAGGACCUCACUACCAACGACUGGAUGGGCGAAGGCUACACCAAGUCGGUGAACCGCACCGUCAACCGCAACGUCGCCAUUGCCAACUUCUCCGACAAGAAGACUCUUGUUGGUGAGCAGGCUACUUCUCAGCUCGGUGGUGACGGUGACUCCCAAGUCAACUGGAUCACCCAGGGAUCUGCCGACUGCUCAAACGCCCACGUAGCUACCUUCGAUGGCACCAGCGCUCUUGUCACCUGGGAAGAGAUUGCCAACCCUACUUGCCCAUACGAUGCCAUGGGCUGCAUGGGUGCCUUUACCGGCUCCUACUUCCAGCUCGUCAAGGACGGCAAGAAGGUCGGCGAGCCCCUCAAGUCUAUGAAUGUUUUCGUUGCAGGUGACAUGGUUACCAUGCCUGAUGGACGCAUUUGCUGGCCAUACGUUGACAUGGACUGGAAGCUCGAUGGUCCCGUCCGUAACCCUACCCCCGUCAAGGAGAUUAGCUUUGCCUGUAUGAGCAACGGUGCUGGCUCUUCUACUCCUUCUACUCCUGAAGCUCCUGCCAAAUCUUCCCCUUCUGCUGGCUCCCCUUCUCCCGCUAAAUCUCCUGCCCCCGCCAAGGCUCCUGCUUCCGCUGGUUCUAUGCCCCCCAAGGCGAAUGACCCAAGCUCAGGAAAUGUCCCUGCCGCAGAAAACGUUCCUGCUCCGGCCAACCAACCCGCCCCAGCUAACCAGCCUGCCCCAGCCGGCCAACCUGCCCCCCAACCCGCCGCCCAAGAGUCGCCACUCCCAGACUUUGAGCUCGCGAACCCAGGAACAAAAGGCCCAGGAAUAGGAGGGCAAAACCCCGCCGCCCCAAGACCCUCUCUCCCAUCCCAGCCCACACCCCCUUCAGGCAACACCCCCACCACCCCCGACGGCGACGACCAACUCUGCGACGAUGAAAACGACCAAACCCCAUCGCCAACCCAACCCUCUCCCUCCCCCUCCCCCUCCCCCGACGAAGACUGCGAAGACGAACCCGACACACCAAUGAACAGCGCCCGUCCCCCCUUCCCAAUCGACAACAACUACCCCCCUUUCCCCGCCGGUACCGGUACCCCAGACUACCCAGCCUUCCCCUUCCCCACCGGCACCGGCGCCCCCGGUAGCCAAUUCACACCCAUUGCUCCCGGCGUCGGUUGGGGCCGUCCUCGCCCCACUGGCUUCUGGCCCGGUCGGGCUCGCCCCGGUGGUCGUCCUGCUCCUAAGCCUUGGGGCGACUUUGCGAAUGGGAAGUUUGAUUGGGGUAUCGGGCAGGGUAAGGAGGGGUUCAAGACUGUGGCUAAGCCUAUGCCUACGCCGGCUCCGGAGUCGGGGUCGGGAUCUGGGUCUGCGUCGUAUCCGGCUGGUGUGCGUGUGCGUUGA